AUGCCUCGAAAAGACAGUGCGUUCUUCUACCCCAGAAUCCAGGACCAAGGCGAUGUGGAUCAACACCUUGUUGACCUCGUCCAUUACGUGCAAUAUGAAGACGUGCAACCCCACCGCGCACUGACGAGCGUCGUUUUCGAUACUCCAAUCACACACGAACUUGCGAAGCCACGAUUGUCACACGAGCCCACCGCGAGUAUUUUCCCACAUAAGCUCAGCAAUGCCAUGUCGAUCAUGCCUCGCGGAUCUACCUUGCCUCUCGAAUGCAGUCCGUUAACGCACACCACGGAGAUACACCUCCUCAGCGGCGUCCGUGUUUAUUUCGUCUGGCCACCACAGAAGGACAACAUAUUUUGGUUAUGGACGUAUUUCAUGGAUAUAAGUGAAGAACUGCACGCAUCGACCUUGGAGAAAUUGGAGAAUGGUAUCACCUUUGUCCAGCGCCCCGGCCAGAUCGUGACUCUGCCGCCAUAUUGCCCAACAUUGGUGUUCGCAACGAAGAACAGUGCGGCAAUACCUUUUGGCUUCCGCCACAUUGAAACCCUACCUCUGCGACUACGAUAUCUUCCAUUGUUGGUUCAAAAUAAAGGAAAUAAUCCGCAUGACAACUACCAAUACGCUGCAAUGCUUGGAGCUCAAGUUAAUGAGCUAUACGAAGACCUCGAAACCUUCCUAAGGAGCGAGGUAGAAGCCGAGUCACACAGGCAUCUCGUGGUAAUGGAAGCGCUGGCCGCUGAGUGGGACGAUGUAGUUGACUGGCUUCUGUACCACCUCGGAACGUCCAUACCACCGCAGCUAUGGCAGCACAUGUUCAGUUCUAUUCCAGUGUUGUGGGAGCGUGCAAUGGAUUUUCAUCGCAUGGAGGUGUGUCCCAUGUGCAAAUGGACAAGGGAGUACUGGGCUGAAGGAUCAGCACGAUUCCAUAUCGCCUCGAGCCACUGGAAGUGGUACGUUGUUCGUCUGGUAUAA